AUGUCAACUUCAACACCGGCCACGAGUGGCCAGCAGACGCCGAAAGGACCUCCUUAUGCACCAGUUACAGCUCUUCUGGGCUUGACGCCGACCGUGAAUGUCGACGUGCCAAUCUGCGCCGUUUUGAUCGUUUUCUUCCUCAGCGGAUUCGUCCUUAAUAUCACCAUCUUUCGGCGGAAUAAAGCUCGCGGGCACAAGUUCCUGCCUUCGGUACUUCUCGCCGGUUUCUGCAUGGCCCGCAAUAUGGCGCUGGUCCUACGCAUUGUCUGGUCUACCCGCCACGACAAUGCUAGUUUGACAAUCGCCGCCAAUAUCUUCGCGGCCGCGGGUGUCAUCAUCCUCUUCAUUGUCAACCUCAUUUUCGCGCAGCGUUUGGUCAGGUCGAUACAUCCCACCUUCGGAUGGGGUCGCAUCCCUUCGAUCGCCUUCAAGGCUCUUUAUGCCUACGUCAUCAUUUGUCUUAUCAUGACCAUUACGAUCACCAUCAUUUCUUUUUACACCCGCAACCCAUCGACCUUGAACACCGCGCGCAUCAUCCAGUUGUUUUCCGGAACAUCUCUUGCUACAUUGGCCUUCUUGCCGAUUCCGAUUGUCAUCGCGACCGUACUCAUCCCCAGCAAAUCCGUCCCAGAGCCCUUUGGCAAGGGUUCGCUCAGGACAAAGAUCAUCCUGGUUCUCUUCACCUCCACCCUGCUAGCAAUGGGUGCCGGCUUCCGCAUCGGCGUGAGCUACACUACGCCCCGGCUCGCGUCGAACCCAGCAUGGUACCACCACAAGGCGUGCUAUUACGUCUUCAACUAUGUUAUCGAGUUGAUCGUUGUCUUUACCUACGCACUCAGCCGUUUCGAUAGGAGGUUCCACAUUCCCAACGGAUCCAGUGCACCGGGUCACUACUCUGCAGGUGUUGAAGACGAGAAGCGCUCGAGCAGCACCAGCAACAUCAACGACAUGGAUGCCGAGCGGUCACCAAGUUACAAGGAAAGCUUUCGAAUGGAGAACAGCCCAUAG